CACCAAGUAGCAGGUUUGGGCACCGCCAAUAAAUACUAAAGAAGACGAAGAAGGCCACCUUACUGUGGACCGCAAACAGACGUUUAUAAAUAAUUUUUGUGACUAAAACGUCAACACUUGGAACAGACACCAGCUUCAAGCCGAGGUAAGUUCUUGGUCAUCCACUGGCAUCACUAACAGCAGAAGGGAUGCUGGGGAGGAGCGUACUGAGCAGAAGCUUCUCCUGCCACCACCUCAGUAAAAAUGUCACUUUCUAUGUGAAUGAACAAGCCCCUGCCACGCCAGCGGGUUCCACUCAAGCCUGUGACAAACAUAAACCACUAACGCUCAUGCUGCCAUGGUUGGGAGCGCGCCCCCAGGCUGUGGCCAAGUACUGUGAGAUCUAUCUCCGCACUGGCUUUGAUGUGCUUGUAGUGGAGAGUGAGGUGCAAGAAUUCCUAUGGCCUCGCUGGAGUUUAGAACACGGAAAGCAGUUGCUGGAAUUGCUGCUCAGCGAUCGCUUCGUCUCCCGGCCACUGCUCGUCCAUGCCUUCUCCAUCGGGGGUUACACAUUUUCCCAGCUGCUGGUCCUGGUGUCUGAAGAUCCACAGAAAUAUCAGGCACUUACAGGGAGGAUCAAGGGUCAAGUCUAUGACAGCCUGGUGGCUGGAUCUGUGGAGACAAUGGCUUCAGGUGUGGCCAAGAUUGCCUUCCCUCGAUGGGAGACACCAGUGAAACAAGUAAGCUUAGUAUACUUCAACAUAUUCAAGCGGCAGACAACCAACUACUACACCAGAAGCAUAGAUGUGUUUUGGAACUCUCCCGUCACCGCCCCUGCACUCUUUUUCUAUUGCGAGAACGACCCACUGAGCAACCCCCGCGCGCUAGAGGACGUGAUAGAUUUCUGGCGGAAGCGCAGCAUCGACUUAACCGUUAAGAAGUGGGAGCAUUCCAAACAUGCUGGCCACCUAAAGACCCACCCACAAGAGUACCUGGCAACUUUACACUCAUUCAUUCAGUCACUCCAUAUGGUUCCUCUGAAGGCCAAGAUGUAGCAAUACAACAUGACCUUGGAUUUUCUUUUUUUGUGGGCCCCCUGAGUGGACCUGGAAAAUAUUACUGUCCAUAUGUAUAACUUGAAAAUAACUUCUCAGGUUUAUUAUACUACUUGCAAUAUAAGAUGUAUUUAUUUGUAAUGCAUAACUGCAUGAGCGAAAGUGAGCUAAUACCUUAUUUCCUGAAAUUGUGGCUAGAGAAAAUAUCUGGUGUUUUUUCUGUUUUUUUCACUUCAAUGCCAUCCAUAUGUGCCUGCGAGAACUCUAGUGACUUCUCUUGAAUAUGUUUACAAGGACACAGAAAAUCAUUUUGUUCAACAUAGCCAACUACUAAAGUGAAGGAUAGUGUAGUAAUAGUUUUGAACCUGGCUGUUUUUUGUUGCAAUGUUUUUUCUGUUUUACUACCAAAGUUAAUACAGUUGAACCUCCAAACGUGAACACAAUCCAUUCUGUGACACUGUUUGACUUCCAGGUUGUUGUAAUUUUAAAAAAUCUAUGUUUUUCCUAUAGAAAGUCAAUUGUUCAGACUGAAACUGUCACCAACACAAAAUAUUUAUUAACUCGUCAAGCAGUGUUCCAAGUAACAAUUAAACACUCUGAAGUGUUACCGAAGUGUCAAAAGUUAACCUCAUGCUAUUUCACACUUUUUGCCUUUUUCAAUGGUACAGUAAAAAGAGGCACAGAUGCUUGGUCAACUGAAAUUAAACAUUGCAUCUUCUUCUUUCUUACCAUGCUUACAAAUGAAUGUACUCUGAAAGAGCUGUUUCUUAACCCAAAGCAGUGCUUGUAUAACAUGUUUUUGCUUAUGAAUUUCACAAAUAAUUUAUUAACAUUUUUGGUCUGUGACAUUCUCGUGCCUUAAGUGUCUUUUUAA